AUGGUGGAGCAGCGCCUUGUGCGGGGUGCCUUCCUAUGGGGGAUGAGCGGGAUCUACCUGUGUGCAUUCCUGUCUCUGUAUACCCAGAUCCCAGGUUUGUAUGGCCGUGAAGGAGUCCUGCCUGCUUGGAGGAUGCUGCGCUUCACUGGUAAAGGAUUUUGGGAACAACUGAAGGACUCCCCUACUCUGCUCUGGCUAGGCCCCAGGGUAGGACUGGAUACAGAGCAAGGCAUGGAACUCAUCUGCUUACUAGGAGUUCUCCUUUCUGUGGGUGCAUUGCUUUUCAGUGUCCUCCGUGACAGCCUGGUGUUCCUCCUGCUGUGGAUCCUCUACUUAUCUGUGUAUCAGGUCGGACAAGUAUUCCUGUAUUUCCAAUGGGACAGUCUUCUGCUAGAAGCUGGAUUUCUAACAAUACUAGUGGCUCCACUGCGUGCUUUACGUUCGAAGACAAAUACCUGGAGUUCUCAUGAUGGCAUCACAUUCUGGCUAAUUCGAUGGCUGCUUUUUAGACUUAUGUUUGCAUCUGGAGUAGUAAAACUAACUAGCCGGUGUCCCACAUGGUGGGGUUUGACAGCUCUUACCUAUCACUAUGAGACCCAGUGUCUCCCAACUCCAGCUGCCUGGUUUGCCCAUCAGCUUCCUGUGUGGUUCCAAAAAUUGUCAGUAGUUGCUACAUUUGUCAUAGAAAUUGGGGUUCCGUGGCUUUUCUUCCUGCCUUCCCGAAGGCUUCAGCUUUUUUCAUUUUAUUCUCAGGUUAUCUUACAGGUCCUAAUCAUAUUCACUGGAAAUUACAAUUUCUUUAACCUACUGACCCUAGUUCUUUGCAUUCCUCUUCUGGAUGACCAGCAUUUAAAAGCGGAGCAGAAGGGCAAAAAAGCACAGCAGAAAGGUGACUACCUCAGUCGGGGGUUCUCUAUAAAGACUUUAGUUGUGCUCUUGGAUCUCCUUGCUUUUGGGUUACUUGCUUUUUGGACUUUAAAAUAUUUUGAACUUCAAAUCAACUUAGAAAAUUAUACUGUUGAAUCCAAAACAGCCUUUACCUAUCAUGACUUUCUGCAGUGGCUCAGGACACUCACCUUUCCAUCUAUCUGGAUAGGCGCUGCUUCCCUAGGUUGGGAGAUUCUCAAAGGCAUGUACAGGAGUGCGUCUGUUCGCGGCAUUUUCUUGAAGUUCUGGGCAACGAUACAAUGGAUUAUUUUCUCUUUUGCAGCAGUUGGCAUGUUUGCUGUCAGCUUGGUACCCUACACAUACAUUGAUUUUGAGUCUAAUGGUCAGCUCUGGCCAUCUAUUAAUCAUUUGUUCAACAAAGUGGAUAGAUACCAGUUGGCAAACUCUUAUGGUUUGUUUAGAAGAAUGACUGGUGUUGGUGGCCGACCAGAAGUUGUUGUAGAAGGAAGUUAUGACAAAGAGACUUGGACGGAAAUAGAAUUCAUGUAUAAGCCAGGAAAUAUAAGUGCAGCUCCUCCAAUCAUUACUCCUCACCAGCCUCGCUUGGACUGGCAGAUGUGGUUUGCAGCUCUUGGACAUCACUCACAGAGUCCAUGGUUUACCAGCUUUGUUCACCGACUUCUACAGGGAAACCAGGAUGUGGUGCGCCUGGUGCAGAAUGAUGAGUCGCUAUAUCCUUUCAGUACUCGCCCCCCUCAUUAUAUAAGAGCACAACUCUUCAAGUAUUGGUUUACAGAAAAUGGUCAAACCGGACAAACAGCCAGUCACUGGUGGCGCCGACGUCAUGUUGAGGAGUACUUCCCUACUGUGUUCAUAGGAGACCCUACCUUGGAAUCCAUGUUGAGCCAGCAUGGACUUAAGGACAAGCCACCUCCUCGGCGUUCGCUGGAUGCCCCCCUUCCAUCUACACUUAAGAUCAUUCGUGAUUUCUUACACCCUUAUCCAGCGCCUUUACUGUUGCACUCACUUCUUAUUGCCAUAAUUGCUAUCAAUUCCCUACAAGCUUUAUUGGGGGGAAGAAGCAAACCAGGAGCCUCCAAGCAUCGGAGCCAUUCAAAGUCACAAAACGAUAAGAAGAAGCAAAAGGGUAGCAGUGCACGCAGUGAUUCUGGUGCUGCAGGCUCUGGGGGAGAUGCUGGCCACAGCAGCAAGAAGCGUGAAAAGAGCUCAUGA